AUGGACCGCAGGAAGAUGGAGUGCUUCUCUUCCAGUGUGAUUUUCAUCAUGGCCUUUUCCAAAGCGUUUGAACUGGGAUUAGUUGCUGGGUUGGGCCAGCAUGAACUUGCACGCCCCCUACAGGGAGAUGCCGACGUUCGGUCCCGGGAGGAGCCUGCAGGUCGUCAGCAGCCUUUCCAGUUUGUGUCGUUCAUGGGCAUCCAAGACAGUAAACAGCUAAACAAGACCUGCUGUCUGAAUGGGGGAACCUGUAUGCUGGGGUCCUUUUGCGCCUGCCCUCCCUACUUCUAUGGACGGAACUGUGAGCACGAUGUUCGCAAAGAGAACUGUGGAUCUGUGCCCCAUGAUACCUGGCUGCCCAAGAAGUGUUCCAUGUGUAAAUGCUGGCACGGCUGGCUUCGCUGCUUUCCUCAGACAUUUCUGCCUGGCUGUGAUGGCCGUGUGAUGGAUGAGUACCUAGAAGCUUCCAGGACUCCAGAAUUAACACCGUCUGUAUGCACCACUUUUAUGCUAGCUGGCCUCUGCCUUUCUACACUGUUCUAUUAAUUGACUUUUGUGUUUUCUGGAACUACAAGUUUAAAUGUCAUGGAAAUUUCAUGGUCAGUAAGGGCUGCCACUCUAAUGUUGUCACUGAAAGAUGAUCAUUUGUUAGUUGCCUUGAAAUAAUGAAUACAUUUUGAUAAUGGUCCCUAACACUUCCUUACUGUGCCCACUACUUUUUUCCUCUGCCUCACCCUCCCUCCCCAACAACCUACUCUUUAAAAAAAGUCGACCAUAUCUACUCUGUGCCCAAGUCCUAUGUUUCUUGAUACAUCUAGCUCUACAAAGGGGUUCAUAUCAAUGUUUU